AUUGUAUUGCCGCUUCAGUAUAGACGGUUGGUGUACCAUGACCUCCAUGAGGAAAUGGGACACCUUGGAACGGAACGCGUGUUUGCUCUAGCUAGAGAACGAUUUUUCUGGCCUGGUAUGAGGACGGACAUUGACCAUUACAUCAACCAUGUUUGUCGUUGCCUGAAACAAAAGAAACCAAGUGUCAACACCAGAGAACCACAACAGUCAAUCACCUCGACAGCUCCAUUCGAAUUGGUAUCCAUAGAUUUCGUACAUCUGGAACGCAGUUCGGGAGGGUAUGAGUACAUACUUGUUAUAGUCGAUCACUUCACGAGAUACACUCAGGCCUACCCAACUCGAAACAAGUCAGCCCACACCGCUGCUGAAAAGAUCUACAACGAGUUUAUCCCACGUUUUGGAUACCCUUCUCGAAUCCAUCAUGAUCAGGGUGGAGAGUUUGAGAAUAAGCUUUUCUGGAAACUAGAACAACUCUCUGACAUUUCCCACUCACGAACGACUCCCUACCACCCCCAGGGGAAUGGACAGGUUGAGCGAAUGAACCGGACCCUUUUGAAUAUGUUGCGCACCCUGCCUGGACAAUACAAAACGAACUGGAAGGACCAUGUUAAUAAACUAAUCCACGCUUACAACUGUACGAGACACGAGGCUACCGGGUAUUCUCCAUUCUUGCUACUCUUUGGUAGGACGCCACGUCUCCCCAUUGAUCUCAUGUUCAACUUGCCAGAGAAACAAGAAGUAACGGGAUAUCCAGCCUACGUAAGAAAAUGGAAGACAGCGAUGGAGGAAGCGUACAACCUAGCUUCAAAAUCAGCUCAGCAAGCCGCGGAGAAGGGGAAGAAGCAAAGCAACAAACGUAUUCGAUCAACAGUCCUUUCUCCAGGUGAUCGUGUACUGGUGAGAAACCUUACUCCACGCGGAGGUCCAGGAAAACUUCGAGGAUUCUGGGAAGACGAAAUCCAUGUAGUAGUGUCCCGAAAAGGCCCUGAAAGCCCUGUCUAUGACAUAAAGUCAGAAUCUGGACGUGGAAAAAUAAGAACACUACACCGCAACCUGUUAUUACCCAGUGAUUACCUCCCACCAGACCACGGCGUACAAAUUAACGAAUCGGUCAAAACGAAGAAGAGUGAAACAAGUGAAGGAAGAGAGAAGCUAAAACCGAGAAAACAGUUUUCUGCAAAUGACGAACAAGUUGACACAGAUUCAGAUUCGGAGGGAGAGGAGAGACCAUCUGCACUGCCAAAUGAUAUGAAAGAACUGAACACACAACAGUCACAGCACAGUGAAACGUUCGAAGACACCGAGAGAAAUGCAGUGACACCAAGUGAGACAAGAGAACAAGACGGAAACCCCACAGUGGAAGAACAAAAUCUCACAGCAGAGAAUACUACAGGUGAGAUUACAACGGAGAACCCAAUCACCCAAACCCCAUCGACGUCGAAUGAACCUGAAAAUGGGAUCCAAGCGGGAAAUAACGGCGAAGAAACUGCUAGAUUUUAUCCACGACCACAACGAGUUCGACAGCCGCCAUCACGUUGUGGAUAUAACACACCCGGAAAUCCGGCGACUGGUGUGUUCAAUAUAUGUCAAAACCCCACCGUUGGAAUGAUGCAGACAUACGGCUUCAUACCACCACAACCGCACCUAUUUUACGGUUACCCACCAACUCAACCACCGUUUAAUUACCCACCAACUCCACCACCGUUUGGUUACCCACCAACUCCACCACCAUUUGGUUAUCCACCAACUCCACUAUCGUUUGGUUACCCUCAAAUGUACCAUAACCAGCCAAUGUUUGCGUUUUAG